AUGGUUUUGAAAGAGGAACUUGUUGAUGGCCCAACACUUGGCAGAUUCUCUACUAGUUUUUGCUUGUGCCAAAAUGCACGUUUUAGGCCGGCAAAGCUGUAUAUUCCAUUACGUGCCGUUGACAUUUUCGAGUUUGUAAUAUGUGAAAGAGCAUCUAAUGAUCGAUACCUCAAAAAAUUCAUCGAAAUCAAAUACACUAUCAACGAACGCUGUCCUCCAAUGGAAAUUUGGAACAAUUUGGGAGUUCGAGUAUACAUGGAGACGAAAAAGGAAAACAAAAGCUUAGGAAUGUAUCCGCUGUGUAUAACAGUGCGUGAUUUCGAUUUGGAAUGCAAUAUCUCUAAUUCGAGCACAAUUGUAGGUUUACUCUGUUUUUUCAGUGGUUUAUCUGAUUAUCGUAUGUCUAACGUGGUUCAAUUGUCAAGCAAUUGUGACAAAAUUGGAGAAGUAUCAAGAACAAUGAAGUUGAUUGAUAGGCCAACAUCUCCGGCGAUUGUGCAAUAUGAAAGUAUUAUCAUAACAAAACAUACGUCAAAUGUUAUUGAAGUAGGCCAAGUCUACCAAGACAAGCAAAUAAUUGUCAGUGCAAUGAAGCACUAUUCUGUCAUGAAUAGGUUUCAAUUUAGGGUGAAAAGGUCUAGCGCAAGAAGCUACUGUCUCGUAUGUGUUGGGGACAAUUAUACAUGGCACUUCAAGUCCACCAGCAUAAACGAAUCAGCAUUGUUCAAGAUUCAAAAAUUCAACAGCUUGCACACAUGCUCUUUGAUGGACAAUACAUACAUACAAUGCAGACCUACUGCCAUGGUAGUUGGUAGCAUGGUUAUACCAAAAUAUGCGGAUCCUAAGACAAUAUACACACCAAAAGACAUACAAACUAAUAUGUUGUCAGAAUAUGGUAUGAACUUAACAUACAUGCAAGCUUGUAGAGCAAAGGAAAAGACUUUGAAAUUUUUGAGAGGUCAUCCUGCUGAUUCCUACAGUCGCUUGCCAAGUUAUUUGUAUAUUCUGGAGAAGACUUAUCCAGGGUCGGUAGUUAAAUUGCAAAAGACUGAAGAUGAUUGUUUCUUGUACGCAUUUGUUGCACUUAGUACGUCCAUCAAGGGCUGGGAGUAUUGUAGGCCAGUUGUAGUAGUUGAUGGCACCUUCUUGAAGUCAGCAUAUAUGAGAAUAAUGUUAACAACUAGCACAAUGGAUGCAGCAGGUAGCAUAUUACCACUGGCAUACGCUGUUUUUGAUUUAGAAAAUGACGCAUCAUGGACGUGGUUUUUUGAACAAUUCAAACAUGCGUAUGGUGAAAAACCAAAUAUGUGGGUUGUUUCGGACCAGAAUGAGAGUAUCUUGAAGGCAACAUCUACUGUUUAUACCGGCAUGCCAUAUUAUGCUUGCAUGUAG